GCCGAUCCAGUCCUCUAAGCCCUUCUGUCCUGGGCCCAACUUUCUUGCGUUUCACACAACCAGUCGGAUAAAACCUCUGGACGCAAAACCGCGAAAGGUCGAGAAAGGCAAGGACGAAGAAGAAGAUGAGUCGCUCAGUUCUUUCCCACUUCCUCACUCUCUCACACUCCCCAUGUUCACGCUUUACUCCGUCACUGUGCUGUGGAUUUCCGGUGAAGUACAUGGAAGGAACUGGUUUGGUUCGUCGUUCUCGGCGUCCCAUUGGACUCCGUGGCACCGGUUUCCCGUCCAUUUGCAGUGUUUCCGCCUCUGAACCAGUUGUGCAAGAGAGUUCUCCAAGCUCUGCCAAGAAGAGGGUAGUUUCUGGAGUUCAACCAACUGGAUCUAUUCACCUGGGAAAUUAUCUUGGCGCCAUAAAGAAUUGGAUUCCGCUUCAGAACACAUAUGAUACUCUAUUCUUUAUUGUCGACCUCCAUGCGAUUACAUUACCGUAUGAGACACAACAACUAUCAAGGGCUACAAGGGAUACUGCAGCCAUUUAUUUGGCAUGUGGUGUGGACACUUCGAAGGCUUCUAUUUUUGUUCAGUCUCAUGUUCGUGCCCAUGCAGAACUAAUGUGGUUACUAAGUUCUGCAACGCCAAUUGGUUGGCUCAACAAAAUGAUUCAAUUUAAAGAGAAAUCGCGCAAGGCGGGCGAUGAAAAUGUUGCUGUUGCUCUUUUGACUUAUCCUGUUCUAAUGGCUUCUGAUAUUCUCUUAUAUCAGUCUGACUUUGUACCUGUUGGUGAGGAUCAGAAGCAGCAUCUGGAGUUGACCCGUGAGCUGGCUGAGCGUGUUAAUUAUUUAUAUGGAGGAAGGAAGUUGAAGAAAUUGGGUGGGCGAGGUGGUGCUAUCUUUAAGGUUCCUGAGCCCCUUAUACCACCAGCUGGAGCCCGAGUUAUGUCCCUCACUGAUGGUCUUUCCAAGAUGUCCAAGUCUGCUCCUUCUGAUCUAUCUCGAAUCAACCUUCUCGAUUCAAAAGAUGUAAUAGCAAACAAGAUAAAACGUUGCAAAACUGACUCGCUCAGUGGCUUGGAAUUUGACAAUCCAGAAAGACCAGAAUGCAACAAUCUUCUCUCUGUAUAUCAGCUCAUUUCAGGGAAGACAAAAGAGGAAGUUGCACAAGAAUGUCAAAAUAUGAACUGGGGCACAUUUAAGGUCCUUUUAGCAGAUUCCUUGAUUGAUCAUCUGCAUCCCAUCCAGAUUCGCUACGAGGAAAUAAUAUCUGAUUCAGCUUAUUUGGAUAGAGUCUUGGCAGAAGGUUCUAAAAGAGCUGCAGAUAUAGCAGAUGCUACUCUCAAUAAUGUCUACCAGGCUAUGGGAUUCUUGCGGAGAUGAGCAAAAUUGAUGCUGCAAGAAAAGUUCUUGCUAAAUGAUGAGUAAUACAGAAACCUAGAUUUAAGUUUUGGAUGAUACAUGAUUGUGAACAAUUUUUUUGAAGUAAAUCUCUAAGCAUAUUCUUUGAGUGAAAAUAAAAUGUUACAUGAGGGCCCCACAAAUUUUUGAUGUAGUUACCUCUACUUCUCUUGUCCUAUUGAUGCACGUAUGCAUUCCUGGCGCUUCUAAGAAUCAGGUAGUUUUAGGUUUUAUUUUGUCUAAUCUUUUAGAAUUACCAACUCGUAUUUGUUGUGUAAUGGAAAUUUUGAUGUUAUAAUUAUCAACUAGGUUUUGCUUUUCCAUUUGUCAUAUUUACUCAGUCAGCCCGACAACAAAUAGCAUAUUGUCGUUUGUCUC